AUGGCUCGGUUCCAGUGCCUUCAAACCUCCUUUAGACUUAGAAACGAAGAAUUCAUCCGUAAUUAUAAGCCUACCGACUGGGAAUUACUCAGCCAAGAAGAAAGACUACAGAUAGCUAUUACACGAAUACAUCGCGAAGAAGACAAUACUUUUGCCGCUAAACUACUUAUCAACGAAACUAUUCGGGACUAUAAAGAAUACAAGAAACAACAAAGACUCAUAAGGAUGAACCCCUCAACCAACGCUUCUGCUAGCAACAACUUGUCUACCACCGUCCAUACGACCACCAAUACGGCAGCGAUUGAUUCGAUCGGUAACCCAGAAGACACCUCGGUCGACGAAUUAGAAGACUUACUUAAUUAUCCUCGCGACCGGACCUCACCGGACCACUCCCAGCUCCUACUAGGUCAAAGAGUCGAGCUACCUCUCGAAGAACGAGUACUUCAACUCAGCCAGCUCCAGAUAAAGAAGAAGACGGCAGGGACGGCCGACUCUCUGAGCACGACCGACCACCUGAACAACCCCGACUCUCAGAGCAAGAAGAGAGACGAAGCCAUGGAUCUAGACGAUCCGUUGACAUCCUCGGAGGUCACCCAGAAACGCCAAGACAGCCCAGAAAUAAUAACCAUGACCAAGAAAGAGAAGAUCCGCUUCUUAGUCAAGGAGCACGUAGCCAUCUGGAAGAACUUUGAGAAAGAGAAAGCGUCGGGAGUAACCAACGAGCUCAAAACUAUUAUUCACCAAGCGCAAGAAUCCCAGAAAGCGCUACAGAAACUGAUAACCAAAGAAGAGCUCGAAGGAUACGUCAAGGGAUGGAACCCCUGGGACGCCAAACGAGAAUUAUUCCCUCCACCGCCAAAGAAAGAGGGCAAGAAGAAGAGCUCAACUUCGAGGAAAGCCCAGCAAUACGACGAUCCUCGGGUCUGGGCGGACGUCUUCGAGAUAGGUCAGGCCUGGAGAGCAGCGUACAGACAACGCUCCCGCAAGGCACUUCCUCCUUAG